UUAAAGGUAAAGUAAAGCGACUGAAUCUGAUGCACGUGUGUGAUUCUGAUGAUUCUGAUCUGUCUGCUGUUUCCUCACACGUUUACACACGUGUGCUGUCCUCGAGUGUUUGUUUGCUUUGUCUUCACUCAGAUGAUGUUGAUUCAUCACUCCUCCGUUUCUCUGAAGCAUCAUGGAUGAGCGUCCAUCCACCCGUUCACACAGAAAACUCCCUUUAAACGCUAGCUGAGUGCAGCGAUGAUUUCUGGGAGAUGGACGGAGAGAGGAACGUCUCUGAUACACACCUGCUCACUCACAGCCUGUGGGAGGCGGUCACCAUAGCAACCGUCUCCGCCGUGGUCAGCCUCAUCACCAUCGUGGGGAACGUUCUGGUGAUGCUGUCCUUCAAGGUGAACAGCCAGCUGAAGACGGUCAACAACUACUACCUGCUGAGCCUGGCCUGCGCUGACCUCAUCAUCGGCGUCUUCUCCAUGAACCUCUACACGUCGUACAUCCUCAUGGGCCGCUGGGCUCUGGGAAGUGUGGCCUGCGAUCUGUGGCUGGCUCUGGAUUACGUGGCCAGUAACGCGUCUGUGAUGAACCUGCUGGUCAUUAGUUUCGACCGCUACUUCUCCAUCACACGUCCACUGACGUAUCGUGCCAAACGGACCCCGAAGCGAGCGGGAAUCAUGAUCGGAUUGGCUUGGCUCGUGUCUUUCGUCCUCUGGGCUCCGCCCAUCCUCUGCUGGCAGUAUUUCGUCGGAAAGCGAACGGUUCCUGAAGGACAGUGUCAGAUUCAGUUCUUCUCUGAACCUGUGAUCACGUUUGGCACGGCGAUAGCCGCCUUUUAUGUUCCCGUAUCCGUCAUGACCAUCCUCUACUGUCGGAUCUAUAAGGAGACCGAGCGACGCACCAAAGAUCUGGCCGAGCUGCAAGGACUCAACUCUUCGACUAAUUCAGACACGCAGAAUUGUAAGACUCGUUCGUGUCUCACUUCAAAAGACAGGUCCUGGACGUCCAAACCGGCUGAAGAGCAGCUGACCAACUUCAGCUACGCUUCAUCCGAAGAAGAAGAGCGUUCGGCUUCUCCUUGUGUCUUCAAAGAGACGAGAAACAAAAAGUGCAUUUCUUAUAAAUUCAAAGACGUUCGUUCUACGAAGAGCGCUAAUGGAGAGGAAAAGCCCUCUUCGUUGUCGUCGGCCGAGUCUGUGAACGCACCGUCUUCCUCCAAACCUGUGGAAGGCACGCUGAAGAGCCAGAUCACCAAGAGGAAGAGGAUGGUUCUGAUCAAGGAGAAGAAGGCGGCGCAGACUCUCAGCGCCAUCCUGCUGGCCUUCAUCCUCACCUGGACGCCCUACAACAUCAUGGUGCUGGUGUCCACCUUCUGCUCCGACUGCGUGCCGCUCUCGCUCUGGCAUCUGGGAUACUGGCUGUGUUACGUCAACAGCACCGUCAACCCCAUGUGCUACGCUCUGUGCAACAAGACCUUCCAGAAGACCUUCCGCAUGCUGCUGCUGUUCCACUGGAGGAAGAAGAGGAGCGAGGAGAAGCUGUACUGGAGCGGAGCGAAGCCUGCGGCCGGAAACACUCUCAGCUGA